AUGUUCAAGGGGGUGCAUUGGGGAUAUGGUGUUAAUGUUUGGUCAUGUUUUGCACGCCUAUGUACGUGCGGUUCGCCGACACUUAUUCUCAAUGUCUAUGAACGCGAUGAUCUUUUUAUGCCAGCAGAUACACAAAAAUGGUUUUUUUUUGUUUCCAAACACGGCAUUAGUAGUAUAGAAUACACGCUCGAAUCUUAUCAGAAACCUUUUUUU